GAGCUUUUUUUUCCAGAUUCGCUACCAGUCUCCCAUAAUUUCAUGCUAUUUCGGGUGAUAGGCGGAAACGAUGAUGGAAACUCAGAGGCCGCAUCGAAGUGGAAGUACCAGUAGCGAGCUUUUCAUCUGUUUCACUUCGAGGCCCUCUUUAUCUUCUGGUUCAUCUAUGAAGAUUUCCUCCAAAUCCAUUCUCAGCCCUGCUCGUACCGACAAGUUAAGAGAAUCUACGUUGUCUCUUUCUUCUUCUCUAAGUCGAAGGCUUAGAAGCAAUGGCAGCAUGAAGGGUGGGCAGGCUUCCCCCAUGUUCCCAACUGGAAACAAGAAGAGAGGUUCAACAUUUGAGAAUCCAGAGCCUUCGUCACCGAAGGUUACUUGCAUUGGUCAGGUUCGUGUCAAGAAGAAGAAGCAGGGGAAGAAGAUGCGAGCAAGAUCUACGCGAAGAGGGGAAGCGAGUUUCAGGAAAACAGAGCAGCCCCAAGAUGGGAUUCAGCAGCAGCACAACCAGGAAUGCUUGCCUCACCGGAAUCAGAGAUGGGUUCAUAUCCCCUUGACGAUUUGCGAGGCUCUGAGGGAGUUCAACUGUUUUCUUCCUUGCCGGUCACGGUGUUCUUCGGCAAACGAGAGAGAGAAGGAAGAAAAGGAAGAAAAGACGACGACGAACACGACCUCUUCCGGUUCAUGCGAUGCUGUGUUUGCGAGGUGGUUGAUGGCUAUACAAGAAGGUCAGGAGGAGAAGGGAACAGAGAUAGCGCUGAUGGUUGGAGAAGAAAAGACGAGGGAGAACACAGAAGCGGUUGAAGUCAAUGUGAUGGACAUCGAUGAGAAAGAGGAAGUUAAGGAGGAGAUCGAGGACGAAGAAGACAAAAGGGUGAGCAUCUGCAUUCCACCCAGGAAUGCUUUGUUGUUGAUGAGGUGCAGAUCUGAACCUUUCAGGGUUUCUUCUCUCUCAAAUCGCUUCUGGGAUUCUCCCGCUACAAAAGAAAAUGAACAUGUGGAUGAAGACGACGACGGAGACAGCGAAGAUGAUAAUGAUGAUGAAAUGCAGGCUGGUGAAGCAGAUGAAGAAGAAGAAGACGAUGACGAUGACGGUAACGAUAACGACGAAGAAGAAGAAAAUGUUGAAGCAGUGCAGGUUGAGUUUGAUGAAAAGCAGGGAGAGGAGGAAAUGGCCACUGUAGCUAUUCGGGAAGCCCCCAAUCCACAAGAAAAUGAAGAAGAUUCAGAAAUGCAAGGAAACCCAACAGCAGUAACAGCUGAAUUAGGAAAAGGUGAAGAAAUUCCAGUGAGAGGAGUAGAAAGCGACUCGGAGAAGCAAGGACAACAUGAUGAAUCGCAAAUGGAGCAUACCGAGGGACAAAUUCUGGAAAAUGGGUCUUCAGCUGAAGCUCUCGAAGAAGUAGAAAAGCCAGAAAUCGAGGCGAACGCAGCAGAACAAGAAACCAAGUCGCCAGACACAGUAGAAGCAGAAGCAGAAGCAGAGGCAGAAACAGAAACAGAGACAGAAGCAGAAGGGAGGAGAACGAGCUCUGUCUCAUCUUCUUCUUCUUCGUCUGCAGUGCCCGCACAGACAACAAGAGUAGAAAGAGAGGGAAAAGAACCAGAUCAAGAACAAGAUAUUGCUGAAUUAGCAGAAGCGGCACAAGUGGCUUUAGAAGAAACAGUGGACGAUUCAAAGGAAGUGAAAGAGCCCGAUGAUGGAGCUCAAGAGAUACAUGAGACAGCGAUAAAGACAGGAGAGACCCAGGAAGAGAUAUGUGCAAUGGAGACGCCGCAGAACCAACAGCAGCAGAAGCAAAACCGAACCCACGAAGACCAAAGCAAAGACUGUCAAGGAGAAGGAGUAAAAGAGAACUCAGAAGAGAGAGAAGGAAGGUCAAAGUUGCCGGACUGCUUGUUGUUGAUGAUGUUUGAGCCGAAGUUGUCGAUGGAGGUGUCAAAGGAGACUUGGGUCUCAAGCACUGAUUUCAUCAGGUGCCGCCCUGAGAAACCACUAGUCAUCCCAAAGAACGAUGAAUCCAAAAAGAGUGUGAGCACUGAUUCCAAUCCUGCGCAGCAACAGCAACACCAACCUCAGCUACAACAGCAGCAGCAGCAACAGGCGGCUCGGAAGUCGUGUUCGAAUCUAGCACCGGCACCGGUGGCGGUACCACCGUCGACGGCUGCGCCACCGUCGAUGGCAGCUGUGAUAGAGCAGAAGCUUGUGAACGCCGGGGCCUACGAACCCUUCGUACUCACGCGCUGCAAAUCGGAGCCGGUGCGGUCCUCGGUUAAGCUCGCCCCGGAGGCUUGUUUCUGGAAGAACCGAAGGCUUGAUCCUCAUCGUCCAACUACGCUAGGCGUGGGACAAGCGGGCCUCGGCUUCUGA